UGCAUGCGUAUAAAUUGAGUACGAGUGUAGCGACGCGCAAGACUUGACGCGACUACCGGACGAACGGAUGCGACAUGGCGGCGAUAAAUGUGGAAAAGACGUGCUCGGUGUUACCGAAUUCUCCACAGAAUCGUCAAGAAAUGUCUCUUUUGACCGAUUGCGACAUUAAUAAAAUAUUGGAGCGCAAACUCGGCAGUGACAACUUCCGACUUGUCGACUGGAGAUUGGAAUCUCUCAGCCAGACGAAAGGUUUCCUCGGCCAAUAUUAUCGUCUCUGCAUUACGGUGCGAGUGGACGGCAAGACAGAAAGUUUGCAGUUGUUCGCCAAGACUCCACCGCCGGCUCACAGUCCGCAGUACGAGUUUCUGCAACGGUACGACACAUUCAACAAAGAGAUUACCGUUUAUACGGAUCUGAUGCGGCGGAUGAACGCUGAUUCCCGAGAGGCUGCUGAAUCCCCGCGAUGGAUGGUGGAGUGUUAUCUCGGCAAACGAAACGCCAUCAUCGUUUUGGAGGACGUGUCGAUAGACGGCUACGCCACACUGGACAAGUAUGUGCCGUUCGACGAGGAGCAUUGCGUUUGGCUAUUGAGAACUCUUGCAAAAUUUCACUCGAGGUCUCUGAUACUGGACGAGAGACUGCGUCGGAAGGGCGCCCGGACUAUUUUCGAUCUUUACGGACACCUGCUGAACGAGGUGCUUUUUGCCUCGGGGGACGACAGAUCGGAGAGGGCCCUCGCCUCCAGUAUUAGAGGUGUCUGCGCUAUGAUCGAGCUGAUCGAGGAGCUCGACGAUAACGGAAAGGGUGUCGUCAAGCGCCGGAUCGUCGAAUGGUCUCGAGGAAUAUCGCGAUUAUUAGCACCGUCGAGCGAAUACAGAAACGUCAUCUGUCACCGCGACACCUGGGCGAAUAAUAUAAUGUUUCGGCACGAUUCGACCGGCAAUCCGAAUGGUUGUUAUAUUAUAGAUUUUCAGUUUCUAUGUUAUUGUCCUCCAGCGAUUGAUUUCGCAUGCUGCCUAUAUCUGACCACCGAUCGAGCUACCAGAGAUCACAAUUUUCACUCUUUCGCCAGAAUCUAUCACAAUUCAUUAGCACGGUAUCUGACGGAGGAGGGUUUCGACGUGGAAGACCAUUUACCCUGGACGAUAUUCCAGAAAAGUUACACGGAGGCGCGGAACAUAGCGCUCGUUUAUGCCGCGCACAAUUUGCAAAUAAUGCUGUUGUCCAGCGAAGCGACCAUGGAUUAUUUUUGCGACGCGACUGACAGACUCGAGCAGGUCUUGUACGGAGACGAACGACCGGAACUUGUGCUUUAUCAGUGCGAAAAGUUGCCGGCGUAUAAGACACGCAUCUUGGAGGUUUUACGUGAGAUCAAGGAUCGUCUACCGGAACAUCCACCAGAUCUUUAACUCGCGCUUAGCGUAAGAUACGAUUCGUGUUGUUCGUACUUACCUCACGAUCUAUAAAAAUGUUGAAAUCGCUGUGAAUUGUAUUGUUUUAUUAUCUCGAAAGGAAUUCGCGCGAUUGACUGAGAUUUGGAGAGAGUGUGACUUCUCGAAAUACGUCGAAUACACGGCUAAGUUUAUUAUCACAUCAGAGUAUAAUUUGAGAUUAUUUUAUUGAUGUUCAAUAAAUGAAUUAUUCUAUA